AUGAUGAUUGCAAAGGAAUAUAGUCCUGAAAUCUGUGGAAAGAAAGCGACUUGUAUCUUGAAACCUUCUCACAACACUUUUAUUUUGAACUUAUGCAUAGGCUCAACUAACGGAUGUGAGAGAACUUCUUUUGCGUUUUUGCGACAAGAACUUCCUGUGAGGUUUGCAAACAUACUGAGAGAAAUUGAACUUCUUCCUGAUAAAUUACUAGGCACUCCAUCAGUACAAUUAGUAAAAAGCUGGUACAUCCAAAGCCUAAUGGAUCUGGUUGAGUUCCAUCAGAAAAGCCCAGAUGACCAAAAGGUCUUAUCCGACUUUAUAGAUACAUUAAUUAGAGUCCGAAACAGACAUCAUGAUGUGGUUCCUACAAUGGCACAAGGAGUAAUUGAAUACAAAGAUACUUUUAAAGUAGAUCCUGUCACCAAUCAAAACAUUCAGUACUUCUUGGAUCGUUUUUACAUGAGCCGUAUUUCUACCCGGAUGCUAAUGAACCAACACACCCUUCUUUUUGAUGAUAAAUCUGGCUCAGGGCACCCAAGGCACAUUGGAAGUAUUGAUCCUUGCUGUGAUGUUGCUGAAGUAGUCAAUGAUGCUUUUGUAAGUUCCAAGAUGUUGUGUGACCAGUAUUACCUAACAUCUCCAGAACUGAAACUUACUCAAGUGAAUGGAAAAUUUCCAGGAGAGCCAAUUAACAUCGUAUAUGUUCCAUCUCAUCUUUUUCACAUGCUGUUUGAACUCUUCAAGAAUUCAAUGCGGGCCACCGUUGAAUUCCAAGAAAACAGUCCUUCUCUUUCUCCGAUUGAAGUGACAGUUGUUCUAGGACAAGAAGACCUGGCAAUUAAGAUCUCAGACAGAGGAGGUGGUGUUCCAGUAAGGAGAAUUGAGCAGCUGUUUAGCUACAUGUAUUCCACAGCACCAAGGCCGAGGAUGGAUGAUGGUCGAAAUACCCCUCUUGCUGGCUUUGGGUAUGGCUUGCCAAUUUCUCGUCUGUAUGCUAAAUACUUUCAAGGAGAUUUAAAUCUCUACUCCAUAUGUGGUUAUGGAACAGAUGCUAUUAUCUACUUGAAGGCCCUAUCAACAGAAUCAGUAGAAAAACUCCCAGUUUUUAACAAAUCUGCUUCCAAGCAUUACCAGGCUACCUCAGAGGCAGAUGACUGGUGUGUCCCAAGUAAAGGCCCAAAGAAUGUCUCAAAGCAGAGUGCAGCUCUCUGA